AUGACAAGAUAUACCAAAUUAGAAAAGAAGAAAUAUGAAAAAGCUACCGGUUUUGAAGGAUUUAACAUUAAGCCACUUCAACUAGAUGAAGCUAUCGAACAAGACAAUUCUGAAAUAAAAGAACAGAAAAACAAAAGGUCUCGAGAAGAAAAGCUUGAACCUUCAACUCCUGAGAUAUGUUUUGGAUGUAGGAAGAAAGGUCAUAGCGUAAAGGAUUGUCCAGAAGCAAAAGAACAAGGUGUAGGCAUGUGUUAUAAUUGCAGUUCAACCGAACAUAUUGCCAAAGAUUGCAAAAAAACAAUUAAACAAGGUGAUGAAUACCUUUAUGCAAAAUGUUUUAUUUGUAAUGAACAAGGACAUCUUUCUAGACAUUGUCUUAAAAACGAAAAAGGAUUAUAUCCUAACGGAGGCUCAUGUAGAUUCUGUAGUCAAGUAACUCAUUUAGCUAAAGAUUGUGCAUUGAAAAAUCCAGCUAUUGGAACUUCUGUUGUAGUAGGUAAAUUGGAUCUGCAACAUGGAGCUGAUGAUGAUGACUUUCAUAUUCAGGUUCUAGAAAAGUCUGAAGAGAAAUUGAAUACUGUCAAAUCUGGAAAGAAUAAAUUAAAAAAGAAAAUUGUAAAAUUUUAA